ACGUUUCAAUCGUGAACUUGACUCCAGUUGACGUCUAACAGGAAAAAGACAUCCGCAGGAGGCAAAUAUUUGGUCACGUACACUUUACAUGCUACAUUUUCAUCUCAUUUCACGACCACCGGAAGAUUAUCUCAAUCGACCGGUAAAUCGAGAGCUUCGCCUUUCGGCUUAGCUCCUUCUUUACCACAACGGAUCGAUACAAAGUCCGCAUCACUGCAGAUGCCGCGCCGAUCCGCCUGUCGAUCUCCCGUUCCAUUCUUCCCUCACUCGUGAACAAGACCCAAAGAUACUUGAACUCCUCCACUUGGGGCAGGAUCUCAUCCCCAGCCCGGAGAGGGCACGCCGCCCCUUUCCGACUGAGGACCAUGGUCUGAGAUUUGGAGGUGCUGAUUCUCAUCCCAGCCGCUUCACACUCAGCCGCGAACUGCUCCAGUGAGAGUUGGAGAUCACGGAUUGAUGAAGCCAACAGAACCACAUUAUCUGCAAAAAGCAGAGAUGCAAUACUGAGGCCGCCAAACCGGACCCCCUCUACGCCUUGGUUGCGCCUUGAAAUUCUGUCCAUAAAAAUGAUGUACAGAGUCUGUGACAAAGGGCAGCCUUGGCGGAGUCCAACCCUCACCGGAAACGAGUCAGACUUACUGCCGGAUAUGCGGACCAAACUCUGACUCCGGUCGUACAGGGACCGAACAGCCCGUAUCAGGGGGUUCGGUACUCCAUACACCCGAAGCAGCCCCCACAAGACCCCUCGAGGGACACGGUUGAACGCCUUCUCCAUGUCCACAAAACACAUGUAGAUUGGUUGGGCGAAGUCCCAUGCACCCUCGAGGACCCUGCCGAGGGUGAAGAGCUGGUCCACUGUUCCACGGCCAGGACGAAAACCACACUGCUCCUCCUGAAUCUGAGAUUCGACUUCCCGACGGACCCUCCUCUCCAGCACCCCUGAAUAGACCUUACCAGGGAGGCUGAGGAGUGUGAUCCCCCUGUAGUUGGAACACCCCCCCCCCCCGGUCCCCCUUCUUAAAAAGGGGGACCACAACCCCAGUCUGCCAAUCCAGAGGCACUGUCCCCGAUGUCCACGCGAUGUUGCAGAGGCGUGUCAACCAGGACAGCCCCACAACAUCCAGACCCUUUAGGAACUCAAGUGAAUUCAGUGACAUGACACCUGGCCCUCCUGUUGUAUGUCUGAGCAGUCUGUGAGGGUACUGCAGCUUGGUGAAGGAAGAAUAUCACAUUUACAACGGCACCGUCCAUCCAGUGGUCAUAAAUUCGAGCCCAGGGCUGGUCCAUGUGUAAUUUAUUUUUUAGAUUAAAAAAACAAAUGAGAAAACACCAAAUUAUUUAGGGGGGGGGAAGAAAUAAGCUUAUCGAUGCAACUGCUGUAACCCAAAUUUUAUAUUCCACAGUUGGCAUGUUGCAUCAUAAAACAAAGUUAGUUGUACCUUUAAAAUUGAACAUAUAUCCUGUUUUCCCAGAGCAGCUUGAAUGAUGAUGAUGAUGAUGAUGAUGAUGAGUAGCUGCUAAAUUUGACGUACAGAGAAUGGCAGAGAAGGUGCUGGUCACAGGCGGUGCAGGCUACAUUGGAAGUCACUGUGUGCUGGAGCUUAUUGACGCAGGCUACCAGCCAAUUGUGGUUGAUAAUUUCAGCAAUGCUGUAAGAGUGAAUGGAGGAGAAGGGGGUAUGCCGGAGAGUAUACUUAGGAUAGAGAAGUUGCGGGACACCAGCAUUGAGUUUCAUGAACUCGACCUUCUGGACAGAGCCGGCCUGGAUGGACUUUUCAAAAAGCAUUCUUUCAGUGCUGUGAUCCACUUUGCCGGCCUGAAGGCUGUUGGAGAGUCCACGCAGCAGCCAUUACGCUAUUACAGGGUCAACCUUAUCGCCUCCAUGAACCUGCUUGAGGUGAUGCAGGCUCACGGGGUGCACAAUCUGGUGUUUAGCAGCUCGGCUACAGUGUACGGAGAACCCCAGCGUCUGCCCAUUGACGAGCAGCACCCCGUCGGCAACUGUACAAACCCUUAUGGCAAGACCAAGUACUUCAUAGAGGAGAUGAUCAAGGACCACUGUAAGGCCGAAAAGAAUUGGAAUUCAGUCUUGCUGCGAUAUUUCAACCCCAUCGGUGCUCAUUCCUCUGGCCUCAUCGGAGAGGACCCUCAGGGUAUCCCCAACAACUUAUUGCCAUAUGUCGCUCAGGUUGCUGUUGGGAGAAGGAAGUGCCUCAGCGUAUUUGGAAACAACUAUGACACACUGGACGGGACAGGUGUGAGAGAUUAUAUUCAUAUUGUCGAUUUGGCAAAGGGACACAUAGCUGCGCUGAAGAAGCUGGAGGACAACUGUGGGUGCAAGGUUUACAACCUGGGAACAGGAAUAGGCUACUCUGUGCUCCAGAUAGUAAAUGCUAUGAAGAAGGCCUCUGGGAAGGAAAUUCCCUACAAGAUUGCCCCCCGUCGAGAAGGAGAUGCGGCAUCCUGUUACGCUGACCCUCGCCUGGCCGAGAAGGAGCUCGGCUGGAAGGCUGACUUUGCACUGGAAAGAAUGUGUGAGGAUAUUUGGCGUUGGCAGUCGAUGAACCCCGCCGGAUUUUCCAAAGAGGCAGCUUCCUGACCCCAUUCCAGUUUAUUAGAAUUGCUAAACCAAAGGGCCAAAGCACACAGUUUUAUUUUUGGUUCACAUUAAGUAAGGGGAUAUGAAUGAUGGUUUUAACCAAUUGGACAGGAAACAUAAGACUUUGGUUAUUGAAGUUGUUGUUUAAAAUGAACCCUACAUGCCUUAUUUGAGCAAAUAGAAAAUGUCAUGGCUGCUAAAACAGGGAUAUUUUUUUUUAAAAUGUUGAAUAUAAUGUUAUGGUAUGUCUGCGGAAAUUAUUCUUAUAUACUCCAAUAACUGUCAAGGGUGUGAUUUUGAAAUUGGAUGUUGUAUGGAAAAGGUGCCCUAAUUAGGGUUAGCAUCCCAUCACUUGUAAAAUGAGAUUGUUGAAAACAUAAUUUGGUUUUUAUCCGUGUCUCUUGCCUCCAUAUUGUUUGUUUGGUUUCUCUUCCUGUACUGAUCUCCAAGCCAUAAUCAUGAAUAAUAAAGUACUGUUUCACACA